UGACUUUCAAAGGGUUGAUGAACAUCUGAAAAGAUGCUCAGUUACAGAACAAAAAGAUGCAAGGUAAUCUUCAUCUCUUUUUUUUUUUUUUUUUUUUUUGCAGAUGCCAGAAGAAACAGAUAAUAUUGCAGUAAAAGAAAAUGUAGACAAGCAUCUCCAAAAAGGUUUAGACACAGAAGAAAAUCAAAAUAUAGUUGAAACAUUGAGAAGCAAAGUAAGAGAAAAGCUAAAAAAUGCUAAGAUUAAUCAAAGUGAAAAAUCUUCAACUCAUCUCUUCCUUGAUAAUAAGAUAAAUCAGGGGUCUAAGACUGAAGUCUCUUUGGAUGCAGGCCUUGCGUUUUUCACUCUGAGUAGUGAAGAAGGCUCCGCUUUGGGCCAGUCAUCAGAGCAGAGAUCAGUAAGUAAAAGUUAUUCCAAACAUCUUUCACCUGGUGACAAUUUACAAGGUUUUGCUGAAAGCCAAGAUGAAGAUUGUAUGGAAGAAGUAAUUUUUCCAGAUUUACUUGAAAUAAAAGCUGCUGAGUAUGAAGAUGAUCAAGAACAAAUAAAAAAACAACAGGCAAAUAUUUUUGUGCCAAGUAAUUCUCCAGUGGUUAACCAGCGUAAACUGCCAAAAGAUAUGAUGCCACGCAUUUUAGAAGAUGAAGGAUUCUAUAUGCAGAGAAAGCCAGAAGUCUAUAAAAAGACCUGCAACAAGAUGGAAAACCGCCUGCUUCAACUAGAAGAGGGAAUGUGUUGGUUUGAAGAAAGUGCUGAAAUAAUUUCAUUACCUUCACCUAUUAGACAUUCUUGGAAAUUCAGACUAAACAUAAGCCAGGAACCUUUAAAUCCAGCACUAAAGACUGUAUACAGGAAGGCAAUGAAAUCUGACCUAGAAAGCUCUAUUAGGACCAAAAUGGAAGGUCAAAGGAAAAUGUAUCAAUUAGAUCUCAAUAUUGUGGGUUUGCAAUUUAGCCAUCAUUCUCUCUUCAAUCAAGAACAAGUAUUAUGUGCUAGGCUGCUCCAACUUUAUGAGUGUUUUCAGGACAGGCAGCAGCAGAAUUUAUCUCAGCUGCUUUUGGAGAAGCUUAAAGCACUGACACAUGCUACCAAAUUAGCAAAUGAUAAUCUGGAAAUAAGCCAGCUGACUGGACAAUCUUUACAAGAUUACUGUUGGCAGAUAAGUAAUACAAAACAGCUCUAUGAAUUAGAAAGGGAAAAGGACACCUCCCUACUACACAGCAUAUUACAGACUUGGAAACAGAUAAAAUCCCUUCGACAACAGCAAGGGUUUACAAGCACCCCGGUGAAGUUACAGUUUCAGAGGAUAAAAAUAAAUAAGUGUGGUGAACAAAACCAAGGAGAACUGUCAGAAAUAUCUGAGACUGAGAAGAAAACUGAAGAAAAAGCAUAUAAGAAAACUGAAGAAAAAGCAUAUAAUAAUGGGGAAAAACAGGAGAACCUCUUAUAUUUAGCUUCUGAACUUGAAGAAACAGAUAUUGAAAUAAUAAAGCCAAUUACUUUGGUGCCACAACUUUCUUUUGCUGCAGAAUUAACAAAUGUAUCCAAGUGUUCACAGCAUGAACAAAGGAGGAGAGCCAAAAUUCAGAAGCUUAAAUAUUUUAUUAAAAUAUUAUACAAUGAUAAACAGGUUUCUUGUACUUCAGUAUCUCCCCUACAGUUUGAUUUUAAAGUCAUGUUUCAGCAAAUUUUCAAUAUCCAGUUAAUAUAUUGGCCUGAAACAAUUUGCCUGGAGGUUUAUGAAAUAAAUAAAAGGACAAGCUUACUGGCAAAACUAUAUAUACCUUUACCUAACAACACAGAGCUGAAAAGCAAAACUGCCUUGGAAUAUGUAGAGUUUAGCUCUGAUGAGCUGGUCAUACCUGAGUAUGGAGAAGUAGGAAGCAAUGUGCCUUUUGUUCUUGAGGGAAGUGGAACUGAAGAACUUUGUCUUUUCACAUCAGGAAAACUAAGCUAUUCUCUAUCAUGGGCCUUAGAUGAAAAUGGUAUUCCUCUGACACCUAUGUCACAGUCAUUAAGAUCCGCUUACUGCAGUGUGUUAAAGAAUGUAGAUGCAAGAGGGGUUCCUGGAAUUCCAUGGCUCAUUAAUACACAGAAGCUUUUUGAAUGGGCAAAUGAAGUAAAAAUUGACCCAAAUAAUCCAGAAUAUUCUGAUUUAAUGGAAUUUAUCAUGUACAUGAAACAUAAAGGGAAGGACAUUCCAAAGUAUUUUCGUCUUGAACAGUUGCAAGAUGAAUUUAACUUUGUUUCUGAAGAGGAAAUGAAAAAGAGUAAACGUUUCCAGCUAUUGCAACUUAGAAAUUCAGGCCAAUUAGAUGUUUUCCCUCUGCAGCAAAUACCCCUAUAUGACAGAGAGAUUCCAGACUCAGUCUUCCAGGAAUGUGAAAGUCAGAUAGAGAAGGAUGUGUCCUUUUCAGAUGUGAAUUCUAUUACUGCACAAAGGAUUAAUUCUGCCAAUUUUCUGAAAAAGAUGAGAAAGUUGAUUAUGAAAAGAAUUGUCAAAGUUAGCAAAUUUAACUUAUCAGAUAUUGUGGCUGAUUAUGAAGAAAUUGUAUCUGCAAGUCAGUUGACAGAUGUAGUUUGUAAGCUUGUUGAACGACGAAGAAAGUUAAAGCCUCAGAGGAAAGAAAGGAAAAAAGUGGCAGCACAGACUAUCUGUGACGGGGAUAUUAAGAUUCUCAUCAGAAUCCUGAGGGCUUAUAAUAUCCCUUGUAGAAAAACAACAGUUAAUAGAGCCCUGGAUGUGCCUACUUAUCUGACAUCAUCUACAUCUCGCCUGAGACGUAAAGAAACAAUCAAAUCAGUAGCCUCAGAUGAGAUCUUAAAUGAGGACACUGUCCACCCUUUUGUGGAAGUUUCCUUUCAGAACACUGCAUACCAAACCAGUACUGCCAAUGGAUCUCAUCCAUGCUGGAACGAGGAAAUUAAAGUGGAUUUUAUUUCACCAGCACAUGAUUAUAGCUUCUCAAGUUUAUCUAAAAUAAAAGAUAAUAUAUAUAUCAACAUUUUUGAUGAAAUGAUUAUUGAAAAACAUGAGGAUCACUGUUUCAGGAACUACAGUGGUCAUUCAUAUAUAAGAAAUAAUUGGCUUGGAUCUAUUGUAUUCCCUUUCUCUGCUCUUCUGCAACAAUCUGAGAUUAAUGGAACAUUCCAAGUAAAUAUCCCACCCAUCUUGCUUGGGUAUACUUGGAGUAAGACUUACAUGUCUCCUAAAGAAGAUUAUAAUGGGCAGAAUUUAAAAGAAUGCACCUUUUUAAAUAUUUUUGCUACCAUUGAACCUCAGAUAUCAUAUGUCACCUGUAAUCCAGAACUAGACAAGUUUUCAGAUCAAAUAGAUGUUUUGUACAGAGCACAGAUUUUUAAAAAAAGUUGUAAAGCAAUAUUUCCCAACCGAAGAAUCAUAACUACUGUAUUUAAUGAUGAUGGGAAACAAAUCUUAGUAACAAGAUAUAUCAAGGCAUUAAACCCACCUCAACAGCUCCUGGACAUGUUUCUUCAUGAUUCCAAUGCAACUCUUGACCUCAUUGCCCACUUUGUAUCUUUGAUUCCUGUUAUGCCUGAUACCCUGGAUGAAAAUGAUGGCUUUGAUAUAUGGAUGACAUCAGAGCGCUGCAUCAAUUUGGCUAUUGGAAACAAGGAGGAGCAUGCCAUACUUCUCUGUAAUUUCUUUUUGUAUUUCGGGAAGAAAGCUUUGGUCCUCCUGGGAACCUCAAUGUUAGAAGGGCACAUGGCUUAUGUAUUAACUCAUGAAACUGAUGAAUAUUUGCUUUGGAAUCCAUUAACUGGACAAUGUCAUAAGCAGUUUGACCCAUUUUGUCCUUUACAAAGUGUAGACUGUUUGUUCGAUGAUGGAAAUGUCUGGUUUAAUAUUCAACAAAAUAAUACACCAAUGGCUGUAUAUUUUGAUUAUUCAAAGGAAAGUUUCUGGAAACAGUUGCUUCCAAAAAAUGUUCAAGGGACGCAAGCACAAAGCAUACAGCCUGAAGAAAUAAUUUAUUCUGAUACUAAUAAGAGCGUGGUAGAUGAUCUAAAGAACAGGAUCGAAAGAACUCUGAAAUGUAAAAUUAUGGAAUGGCGACCUAAGCAGCCAACACGUUGGAAUCGACAAUGUACUUCUGUUUUACGACAAAUUCUUCCUAGGCUAGAACUUGGCACUGGAAGCUUUGUUUCCUCUGAAGAAGAGAGUGAAUUUGACAGACUACUACAAUUCUAUUGGAUUGCAGGAUUUCCUAUCCAGAUGCCAUACACUGAUAUACAGUCAAUUGUUGAUGCCGUGUAUCAAACUGGAAUUCACUCCUCUGAAUUUCCCCAUACAGAAUUUGCUCUUGCCGUGUACAUUCAUCCAUACCCAAACAACAUAUUAUCUGUGUGGGUCUACCUGGCUUCCUUAACUCGACAACAGUGAAAAGGAAGAAGGGAAAAGGAAAAGUUGUACCGUGGGCCCCCAGACCAGAAGCAACCUGAACUUUUCCAAUACUUUGGUAUUUUGCUACUUAUCCUCAAGUUCAGCCAAGUGUGAACCCACUUUUUGGUUCACUUAUAGAAUUGGGCACCAUGAAAACUCACUCCCUGAGUCCUUGAAGAUGAGUCUAGAUGACCUCCUCACCAGAUACCUCUUCAAGGAGCACUCUUUGGGAAGUCUGGUGGCCUUGGGUUUUACUCUGGGAAAGAAGCAAUUCUGGCCUUUCCCUCUAAAGCCAGUGUUAAGUGUUACUCAGAUUGUGGGCCUCAUACCACCUUCAUCAAAAUCACCUGGAAAGCCCCAUUGAAAAUGCAGAUUCCCACACCCCACUCAAGGCCUACUGAAUCAGAAUCUCUGGGAGUGGAGCUCUAGAACCUACAGUAUUUUAAACAAGCUCCCCAGGUAAUUCUGAUGACCUGUUAAGAACAAGAACCCUGCCUUACAGUGUUAUAAUUACUAAAGUAAAGCUGGUAUGUUUGAUACUGGUCUGAUGCAAUCCCAGAUAGAAGUGAUUCAAACAGAAACCAUCAGAUCAUUGCCUGUCAUAAAGUAAAAGAUGAAUUCGCCGAUGAAGAAUAAUAGGAAAACCUGCUAUGUUGGGUUGAGGACUCAGGUCAGCUUCUGGGAGCUUCUCAAAAGCUUUAACUUGGGAUGCUACUAAUGGGAGGUUCUUUCAGCUCCAAGUAUUUGUAAGGGACCCAGGAAACUAAUGAGCUUUCCUGAUGCUGUGAAAAAGGGAGAAUAUGGUUGUACCAAAUCUUAAGACUCCUUUCUUUUCUUUUUUUUUUAAGUUCUUUUUGUUUAAUUGUUGUUCAAGUACAGUUGUGUCCAUUUUCAUCCCACCAUGCCCCACCCAUCCCCGCCCCCUACUCUCAAACCUACCCGCUUUGGCUUUGUCCAUACCUUCUUAGGACUCCUUUUUUUCUUAGCAAACUCCCCAUUCUGCUUCUGGCACUUUCCUGCUGCUUUCCUCUUCCAGUGGUGGCUGAAAGGAAGCCCAUUUAGAUAAUAGAAGCCCCUCAAGAAAGAGUGGACAAAGAUCUAAGUAGGAAACUUUGUAUUUUCUUGUAGUUUUUUAUUGUUCUAAGAAAAGUAUUUAUACAGUUUACUUAAAUGUUAUAUAACAACUUACUUGUUCAAAAAAAAUCAAAGGAUACAGAUUUCCAAAGUUUGAUGAGAGUAGUUUCAUAUGAGGUAAGGGUAAGAGGAAGAAAAUUCACCUCUCGCAUUGCAGGAGCAUGGGGGCCUUUUGGGUCACUCCCACAAACAGAGAGCAGGGACUGCAAAUGCAGCCUCAGGUACCCCUCACUCUGCAUCCACUCCACAAUACAGCUGCAUAGGCUGGUACCAGAGAAGACCUUAUUUAUUUGUAGUGUUGUCAGACUUAGACCAAACUUGAGAUUACUAGAAAAGUAAAAAAAAAAAAAAAAAAAAAGUAGGGAUGUGCAUGAAAGAAUGUUUUUUUCUCCCAUGUUAAAACCUAAUUGUGCAUAAGAAAACUGAUCAAAAUUUUAGUUUUUAUUUAAAUGCUUGUAUUUAAAGGGGAUAUGAAGUUUUGUUAUUAACCAAUUUCUCAUGUUGAUUGGGGUAACGCCAACUGUUAUCUGUGGAAAGACAAGGUUGCGAAGAAAUGCUGCAUUCAUGCAGUUCAUUUCUGUGGCACUUAGUAUGUCUAUAUAGCUAUUCUGUUAGUUGUUUAUGGCUUUAGAAUUGAUAGGCCACUUAAGAAUAAGGCAGAAAGUGUUCAUAGACGAGCAUGCAGGACUUUUCUGUGUUAAAUGCAUUUCUUUACAUGUGUGCUGUAUGUGUUUCUCA